UGUACCCUAUACGAGGACAAUAACCGUGAACUUAUUAACAGCUAUGUCAAACACCAAAACUUACUGAUGGGAGCAGGGGCAGACCCAUGCACCCACGUGACACAUGCUCCGGAAUAUAAUUUGUUUGUGUAAACUAGUACAUAUUGAACCAGGGCCGGGACAGAAUAGCCUAGUGGUAACACUAGAGUGAACUGGAUCUCAAGGCACCUGGGUUCGAGUCCUCUGGAAAUCCGGAGACCGCCCGUGACCAAAAAAAAAAAAAAAAAAAAAAAAAAAAAAAAAAAAACUAGUACAUAUUGAACCAGGGCCAGUUUACAAGGGGGGACAAGCGGUGCGAUCGCCCCGGGUCCAAGCCCGUGUCCCCUCGUAUAAUAAUAAAUAAGAGGUUUAAUUUUUUAAAAAUCUAUAUUUUUAUAUAUAAAAAAAUUAUAAAUAAUAAAUAAAAUUGAAAAGGGUCCAAAAUUAUUUGAUAUGUAUAUAGUUUUAUUUUCAUUAGAAAAUAUACAAAAUAUUACUGAUUAAAUUUUAAAAAUAUUUUAAACAUUACUUGCAUAUAAAUUUUAGAGAGUAAAAAUUUUCUUUUAUACCCCUAACAGUAUUGAGCCGGUCCUGAUUGAACACCUCGGCUCUUUCGGCUAGUUAUAUGCCUUCGGUGCCCCCACCCCUCCACGUUCGAUUCUCCCCUUAUCACCUUCUAUACUCUUUUUCUUUUAAUUUUUUUUUAGAUCACUCACAAAUUUUUUUCUUCUUUACCUUUGAUUUUGUGGUACCUAAUCUAUUCUUUCUUUUUAUAAUUGUUUUUCUUUUCUUUUCUUUAGUAUUAGUUUUUUUUAUCAAUUUUUUUUUUAAACAAUUAGACUAAAAUAAAACGAUUUUAAUUCGUCACAAAAUAUUCUUCCCUUUGUUUUUAUGUCACCUCAAUUUCGAAAAGGUGUUACGUAAAACGUAUAAAUCAAGCAAAAAGAUGCAAAAAGCUUUGCGAAUCUUGAUUUACCUCAGAGAGCUAUCUCUGUCGAUCGGGGAGAUGAAGAACCAAGUUAUUACAAUGAAUUAUAAGAACAGAUUUUGCUUUAAAAGAAGGAAAGCCAAGUCUAAUCAGACAAUCCAGACCCAACUACAGAUUAAAAACCCUAAUUCUAUAAUCGAAACCCUAGGGGGCAUAAACGAAAAGAAGGAAAAAAAAGGGGCUGGUGAUGCAAUUAUGGGGGGAAUGAAAAGGAUCACUUGGGGUAAUUAAUUUAUUUCCAUCUCUCGAACCUUUGGUACGAUUAAAUUAAAUUAGGUUGAAUCGAACGGGUCUGGUUUUAAUGUUACUUUUAAAAAAGGAAAUAUUGUAAGUUAAUCCAUCUUUAAUGACCGUUUAGUUUAAAAAAAGGAAAUAGUCGAAGUUAAUUACUGAUUAGCGGAUAAAUUAAUUACAACAACGUAACCUAUAUAUACCGACCAGAUAGAUCGAGAGAGUGUUUACUUUGCUAUCUUUUUGUUCUAAAGCUUCUCUACAUUCUCUAAAUCUCUGUAAUAUUGAAAAGUAGGGUUUCGUUUUCUUCGAACAAUGGUGAAAAGAGGAGGAACGAAGAGGAAAGCUGAGAUUAAGAAGAUCACUGACAAAAGCUCAAAGGCUGUAACUUUCACGAAGCGAAGAGAUGGUCUCUUCAGUAAGGCCGCACAGCUCUGUCUUCUCGGCGACGCUCAGAUCGCUAUCUUAGCAACUCCUUCUUCUUCCCAUUCCAACGUCUCUUUCUUCUCCUUCGGACACUCCUCGGUCGAUUCGGUGGUCUCCGCAUAUCUCUCCGGUCAAAGGCCCGCUCCUCCUCCCGUUCCGGAAGACAGCAGAGAGAUGCGGGAGGACAUCGCUGUUUGCAUGGCUCGGAAGGAACUCGGGCUAGGCUACUGGUGGGAGGACGAGAAGCUUCUUGCGAGUAAGAGCCGGGAAGAAAUCAUGGAAGCCAUGGAGUCCAUGCAGAUACUGUGGAAGGCUGCGGAGAGGUUGCGUGAUGAGUACGUCGUUGAAUUUGAUCGAAGAAAAGGAUCGCAUGAGAAGAAGGAGGACAUGAGUAAUGAUCAAACAACGCUGAUCAGUACAGAGGAUGAUCAGAUCAUCGCUGUUUGUGACAGUUUCUUCAACUACAACAACAACAACGCUGCUUUAUCAACAACUCCUCCUGAUGAGGAUGAACAUCAUCAUCAGAUUGAGGCUGUUUCUGAAAAUUAUUGCAGCAACAAGAACGCUCUGUUAUCACCUCCGGCUGCUGCAGGAGGAGGUUUGAAUGAUCUAGCUAAUGUUGAUUUGGAUACAAUUUUUGAAGGUUUGGCCGACCUUGAUGCUGAGCUUGUCGCUUCUUUUCUCAUGUGAUGAUGAUCAUGAUGAUGAGUCAAUGAUUACUAGGUACUGACUAUUUCUUAUGUAAUUUGAGGAGAAAACUGAUGCAACUCAAACAGGUUCAGCUUCGGUAAUGAUAACUGAUAAGAGUUUCAGUUGUAUUAUUCUUUUUAGUUCAGUUCAAUAUUUGUAUUUUUGUAGUCCAUAAUCAUAUGAUUCUUUCUUUAAUAAAAUCUUUCUUUAGUCAGUGGAUGACAACUUUUUUUACACUUUUCACUGUCGUGUUUGUCUAUAUUCUUCUGAUUAUUGUGUUUGGACAGAUCACAUCUUCAUCUUUAAAAAGUUUCUCAUCUUUUCUGCUUAAUUAUUGAUCUCUCUCGCUUCUUCAGUUACAAGAAGUUCAAAAUUAUAGACCAGCUCAAACAAGCUGAGCAGUGAGCUUUCCAUUGUAUUACUCAAUCUUUACAAAACUGAAUGCUCUAUAAACAAAGGGAUGGAUCCACUCUUAGCUCAUUACCAACUCAACAGAGUACUAAAGAUUCUCUGCUACAUUUGUCACUAGUCCCUACUAAAGCAUCAAUAAUAACAAUCUAAACAAUUGCAGAACAUCUUCACUACACACACUUCAAAUUUUAGAACAGUAAUUUGAGAGGGGCCAGUUGAGUUUGGUGUCUUCUUGAAGAUCUUAAACCUAUCCCAUUUGUACACCAACCGUGAAAUUGACUUGGAUGCAAUCUUAUUACUCUAUAUGUAUUGGAUCCCUCAGGUAAUUACAUGUUCAAGUGCAAACAUAUAAAACAUAGUUUUGUGUCACAGAGUGUUUCCAGAGUUAAUAAGAAGCCAAUAACAGAUAAAGGUCAAAGAUCAGAUGAAGGUCAAACAUCUGCUAUGUACCUUAGACAACAACAACAACUUGAAUGGAAUCACUUGUGCAGUGUUUCAGUUCUAAGCCUUGCUUGUUCUUUAUGAUGAUAGGUCUUGUUUCCUCUGUCUACUUCUGUGGAUUUGAAUUCACUUGGUGAAGAUAUUUUAAAGCUAUUCUAGUGAUGAUGGUGAUUCUGGAGUCACUUCUUCUGAGUAUAUUUUACAGCCUGCUUGCAUCUACUGUAUGUGUAUUUAUUCCCUUACAAAAGAUUAGUUUUUUUUUCUUUUUAUAUUGCUACUUAAGUGGGAUACAUGCCCUGAAUAUGAAACAGGUGUUGAAGGCUCCUCGUGGGGAUCUUCUGACAUGCAUGGACCUGGCCAAGGCAUGACAACAUUCAUUGCCUGCGUUUGUUUGCUUCUUUCAUUGAGGAGAUUUUGUCAUAGGUGGUUCUAACUAAAUGAAACUCAUAAUGACUCCGAGAUGGUAAACUGUUUUUUACCUACAUUUGUGACUUGCAAUUUUGCAAACAGUAUCUGUAGCGUCACUGGAUUUGUAUUGUGAUUAAGUAUUGUGAUAAAGCUAUAAGCCAAUCUACUCAUUUGUUCAGGAUGACGAAAACUUGACAAGAGGGUUUUGGUGUUUUGUUUGGAGUUCUUUUCUGUAUAGAUAUCAUCAUGUGUCUGUGUGUAUGUGCAAAUAUUCAUUUGAGUCCCUGUAGAGUGUCUGAAUCUCUCAAGUGCUCAUUGAUAUCUACUUUUGCUUGUUCUUCAGAAUUUCCAGAUGAAGUAGACAUAGAUCGGCCGCAAGAAAACGUUUUGCAAAAGUACAGGGGUCUCAAAUCCUUCAGAACCUCUUCAUAGGAUACAAACGUAGUUAGGUAACACUGAUCUUGAUGUGACGCUCACUGCUUUCCUUCUACUGUUGCUAAUUUUUAUUAUUUGUUGGAAAAUGCAGGAGUCUCCUACUCAGGCAGGAGUCAGGACUAUGUCAUAUUUUUUGCUUUUGAUAAUGUCGCUAGAACCCAAAAGCUUGUUCUUAAGCAAGCCGUGAAAUUAUAUGUGAUGAUAUAAUAUGCUUUGGUUACAAAUCAUUCAUUAGUAUGUGAUGAUAUAAUAUGUUUUUUUGUUCUUCUUAACCUCCUAUAUUUUUUAUAAUGUGUUUAUGCUAUUUCUUUAUAAAGUGUUUAUAGUGACUUUAGUCUUUAUACUACGUGUUUGUUCGUCAAAGAUACUCAUAAAUUUUCAAAGAUACCGUUAAAAGGUAAACACAUGCAUGCGUGGUAUCAUAAUUAAAUCUUAGAGCAACUCUAAUGGUGUGGUGUUACUCAUCAGCAUUGGAGUCCUUGGAUAUAUAAUAUAUAUAUUUUUUACUUUUUGAAUAGUUAAGGAUUUGACUCUAAAAUGUAUGUCCAAUAGUGUUACUCAAUAUGGAGUCCUUGGGAAUUUACAAUUAUUAAAUUUGUAAAACAUUUAAAUUAAAUUUUUUUAUUUAUUCAAUGAUUAAAAGCAAACAUACAAUAUUAUACAUCUUCAUCAUUACCAAACUUGUUCCAAAUAUUUUUGAUUAAAUCAUUUUUCAAUGCUUCGUGUGUACGCCUAUCUCGAACCUGAUUCCGUAGACCAAGCAUAUUACCGAAAUGUGAAGGCAUGUUGUUAAUAUGCUCUACAUGUGAACUUCUGCUCGACUCGCCUUCUUCAAAUUCCGAUGUAUCGUACAGAGUGUAUCCACCUCGUUCAUUUUCGACUAUCAUAUUGUUUAGUAUGAUACAUGCUCUCAUAA